AGCUCCCUAGAUCUGAGGACCGGCCCUGUAUAGCGGUUCCAUCUGGAUGGAAACCAGGAAUGCCGGUGGAAUUGCCUAAAGAUUGGCCAAUGCCACCUCCUGGAUGGAAGCCAGGGGACCCUGUUGUGAUACCGCCUGCACCUAGAGCCAAGGAGCAGCAACAGAUGCGGCUUCCUCCAGGGCUUCACAGGCCGCCUGACGUCAUACAGGUCCGAGCUGUUCAGCUCGACAUUUUGGAGAGUGAUAAUAGCAGUGAUUACAGCAGCGAUGAUGCCAGCUCAGAUGACGAGGAGUAAGUCAACAUUAUAAUUGAUGGUUCUC